GACUAAUUUGUUGUCUGGCAGCCUAACUCAACUUACCGACUGCAUUUGGAUUUAGAUCCGAUAAUGCAACUCCAACUAAAUAACACAGGCGACAUGGGUGAACCAUGGAUAAUGGAUCUCAAAAACAAGAUCCGCCACCCGGUUCCCAUCUGUCGGGCCAGAUGUGACGCGUGAAUAUUAUUCUAACUUUCGGUUUGGACCGCGGUGGUGCCGGCGACGCGUGGGAUCGGACCGGUUGUCUUCGUUGCUGAGCGAGGGAUGAGGCGGAGACCGCUCGACCUCCGGAGGCCGGCGAGGCGGAGGUCGAACGGCAGCAGCGUGUGGCUCUGGAUGGUCGGGGCUGGCCUCGGCGUCUCAGUUCUCCUGCUCCUUGUGCUGCUCUGCCGCGAGAAGCUUUCGUCGCGAGCCGCCCCGCCGUCGGUCGCCCAGAACUUUGAUCGCUCGAACACUAGCGAGGGUAUGAACAUUACUGGCGAUGUGCUGUGCCCUUAUUCAUGCACGAGGCAAAUGAUGGAUCAGAUAUCCAUUGCCAAGGCAUUCGUCGUCGUCGUCUCUGAGGGUAGUAGUAACGCCCAGUUUGCAGCAGAGCUAAGUGCUCAAAUUCAGAAAAGCCAAGCCCUUCUCACCGCAGCAUCAGCAAUAUUAAUUAUUGCAGAAUGUGAAACGGCAAUUCGUGAUAUGGCUCUCCUGCUCCAUAAAGCUCAGCAAUUCCACUAUGACAGUGCGACUCUGAUUAUGAAGAUGAAAGGCCAAUUCCAAUCUUUGGACGAAGUGAUGAAAUCUGAGGCUGAAAAGAGCAGCAAAUAUGAGCAGAUAGCCGCCGAAGAACUCCCGAAAGGAUUAUUUUGUCUUAGUAUCAGGCUAACUAUCCAGUGGUUUACAAAUUCAAAUCUUAAACGAGAUCUAUCAGGAGGGAGGCAAAUCACAGAGAAGCUCAGAGAUAAUAGUCUUUACCAUUACUGUGUCUUCUCGGACAACAUCCUUGCUGUGUCAGUGGUGGUAAACUCUACUACCAUGAAUUCAGAUUAUCCUGAUAAGGUGGUAUUCCACCUGGUCACUGAUGAGGUAAACUAUGCACCUAUGAGGGCCUGGUUCUCCAUGAACAACUUCCGAGGCGCAACGAUCGAGGUCCAAAUGGUGGAGGAUUUUAGCUGGCUGAAUGUCUCGUAUUUGCCUGUCCAAAAGCAACUCCAGAACUUCAACUUCUCUGAAACUGGUGAUAACAACCGAACACCAAACAAGUUAUCGAUGCUUAAGCACCUAAGGUUUUAUAUCCCAGAAGUCUACCCGGCAUUAGAGAAGAUCACGUUUCUUGACGACGAUGUGGUGGUUCAGAGGGAUCUUUCAGAACUGUUCUCGAUUAACCUCAACGGGAACGUGAUGGGUGCUGUUGAUACUUGCCGGGAGACCUUCCACGGGUUCCAUAGAUACUUGAACUACUCCCACCCGCUGAUCCGUGCCCAUUUCGAUCCGGAUGCGUGUGGCUGGGCAUUCGGAAUGAAUGUCUUUGAUUUGAGGGAGUGGAGAAGAAGGAAUGUGACUGAAGUGUAUCACUACUGGCAAGAGAGGAAUGCCAAUCAUACAUUGUGGAAGCUUGGCACCUUGCCUCCGGGACUCCUGACCUUCCAUGGGUUGGUUGAGAAUUUGGAUGCUGAGUGGCAUGUGCUUGGACUCGGACACACAGACGUCGACCCAUCGCAAGUAGAAAAUGGUGCAGUUUUGCACUACAACGGGCGCAGGAAGCCAUGGAUGAAGAAUGGAAUGGACCAGUACAAGGGGCUUUGGGAGAAGUAUGUGGACUACUCUCAUCCUAUGCUGCAACAGUGCUUCAUGCGAGGACAUAGCAAGGAGAGACUGAUGUAAACUAUGUUCUUAUCAUCAAU